AUGGCUCGUACCAAGCAAAAUGCUCGUAAAUCUAGUGGAGGAAACGCUUCAGGGAAGCAACUACUACUAAGGUUUAGGCUUGUUCGAGAAAUUUCCCAGGACUUCAAGAUUGAUCUCUGUUUCCAGAGCCAUGCUGUUUUAACACUUCAGGAGGCUGCAGAGGCCUACCUUGUUGGUCUUUUUGAGGACACCAACCUGCGUGCUAUCCAUGCCAAGCGUGUCACUAUCAUGCCUAAGGACAUCCAACUGGCUUGCAGGAUUAGAGAACCUAUUCUAUGGAGGACGUUAAAGGUUUUAGAUCAUCAAAUUCACCGUGCAGAAGGUCUGUCAUUUGAUGAGUGUGAACAUGUCCCCGAGACAUUACCAUAUGAGGUUCUAAUGAAAACGAGUGCACCUCCAAAGAGUUAUGUACCUAUGAUCACACCUAGUAAUUUUCCCGAGGCUGAUGGCUUUGUAUUUGGCUUUCCCACAAGGUUCGGAAUGAUGGCUGCCCAAUUCAAAGCCUUUGUUGAUGCAACUAGAGGCCUAUGGAGAACACAACAGCUUGCUGGAAACCUGUUGGGAUCUUCUACAGCUCUGGAUCUCAAGGACGUGGACAAGAAACUACUGUGUAAAUUCUCCAUCUUGGAGGUGGAGAUGUCUCUGUGCCUUCUGUUGGAUUUAGCUUCAAAUGAAGGUUGGACCGACUUGUUGGCUUCUUAA